AUGUCUCGCGUCUCCCUAAGCGACACCGCCGACAACCAGAGGCUGAAAAUUCAACAGAACACUUUCAAGAGAUGGAUCAACGACAAAUUAUCGUCGGUUCAGAAGUCUGUUAACAGUUUAGAAAAUGAUUUUUCUGAUGGUCUUCUUUUAAUUAGUCUGGUGGAAGUUCUCAGUGGAAAAAAGUUUAAUAAGUAUGUCACUUCGCCUAAGAUGAGAAUACACAAGCUUGAAAAUGUUACUACCGUGCUCACCUUCCUUCAAAAAGAAGAAAAGAUAAAACUUGUUAAUAUAGAUAGCGCGGCAAUCGUCGACAGCAAACUUCCAUUGAUUCUCGGACUGAUCUGGACCUUGAUACUACAUUACUCCUUUCAAACCGUGGUAUGGAGUGGAGAAAAAACGAAACCAACAAAAAGUGAUUCUCCAAAUAACCGACUGAUGAUUUGGAUUAAUGAAAGAUCCAAAGUGAAAAUAACAAACUUUACGACAGAUUGGAACAGUGGGAUUGCACUCGGGGCUCUCGUAGACGCUAUAUCACCAGGACUGCUGACGGAAUGGACAAUGUGGGUCAAAACCGAUGCACUUAAAAAUGCGACAAAAGCUUUGACGAUAGCUGAGAAAGAACUUAAUAUUGUCCAGCUCAUUAAAGCCGUAGAACUUACAAAUCCGAAUGUAGAUGAGAUGAGUGUGGUCACCUAUCUAUCACAGUUCCCAAAAGUGAAGUUGAAAGUAACUGCCAGUAGUUCAUCUACUUCAGUUGUUUCUUCUACUACGACAAGGUACGUGACUGGACGAGGAGUGCAAGCAAAAGGUUUGCGUGUCGGUGAUUUCGGAGUUUUGACUGUUCACAUCAAUGCCAGCCCUGGCAAGGAGUUGAAAACUCAUUUGAUCGUUGGAGGAGGUAAGCAGGAAGAUACGACUGUUCGUCAGAUCAACCCAACAACAUACGAAGUGACUUACGAAAUAAAAGUAGCCGGCAAAUAUAUUCUGACAAUCAUCUAUGGAAACGAGCAUGUGUUCGGAAGUCCGUUCAAUAUUGAGGUCGGCCCGAAGACUAGUUCAGACGUUGCAAUUUUUGGACCCGGUUUGGAAACAGGUGUAGCGGGAUGCACAUCUGCAUUUGUUAUUGAAAAUUUUGGAAAAAAAACUGAAAUACGUUAUACGGUCUGCGGCCCCGUUGAAUGCUGGAUAGGAGUCUACCAGGAACACGACGGAACUGCGAUGACGUCAUUCGAACCAGUUGCACCAGGCGAAUACACUAUUCACUUUACCACACUCGACUCAGAACAUCUUCCCAAUUCGCCAUUCGUGGUUAAUGUCAGACCAAAACCAGAACAUUUCGAACCAAAACAAGCUACAGUAUCUGGACCGGGAUUCAGAAAUAAUGUGUUCCUUGGAGAAGAACUGGAAUACUUGAUAGACACAAAAGCAGCUGGUAUGGGUAGCGUCAAAGUCGUUGUGUACGAUUACAAACAGAAGCCCAUCGACGUCUCAGUUACAGAUAACAAAAAUGGAACUACGAUAGCUAAGUUCAAAUGCAGUAAGAAAGAAAAACACAUUGCCAUUGUGACUUUUGGAGAUGUCGUCAUCCCUUCAUUCCCGUUCGAAAUAUACGUGCACGACCCAAACCAAGUGACUAUAAGUGGUCCAGCUAUUUCUGGUGAGUCGAAAGUUGGACAAGUUGCUGAGUUCACUGUUGAUGCAACUAAAACAGAUAGAGGGGAUUUUUCCAUGGUUGUGAUUGACGACAAGAAACGAGAAGUAUCCUACGACAUAAAGAGACUGCAGCCGAGAUCAUUCAAAGUGUCAUUCACUCCAAAAUCGGCUGGAAUCUAUCUGACUUACAUAUAUUUCGCCGACAACAAAAUGCCAAACUCCCCGUUGAAAAUUUUGGUGGCAUAA